AUGGCGCCGAGAAGCAGUCAAUCGCAGCCAGGCUCCUCGCAGAAGGGCAAGCAACAGACCAUCUCGAGCUUCUUUGCACCGAAACCGUCACAGACGCCCAAACCGUCGCAAGCACCCACACCAGUUCUACAAGUCACGGCGCCGCCAGCAACGAACGGCGAGACCCACGACUCCGACGACGAAGAUAGCCUUCCCGUUCCGCGCCCAGCAUCAGUCCGAAAACGCACAGUAGACGAGGAUGGCGAAGACGAGGAUGACGCGCGGCCAUCGCCGUCGAAGCGCGUCCGGUUCACGCAUGGCGAGUCGCUGCGACCGUCGUUGGGACAGGCUUCUGAAGCAAACCUGAACGCCGCGAAGCUUCCAAAGAUGAACGACAGAACCUCCAAGUUUCUAUUUUCGUCAUCACCACCGGUGCGAGACGAGAACGAAGAAGAAAUAGACACCGCCGCUUCACAAAAGCAGCGGGAGCAGUUACACGACAAGUUCGUCAAGAAGCUGGGGCGACCGGACAGCUUCGUUGAGCUCAGAAGACGAAACAAGACCAUCUCUGAGGAGAACGCCACUGGUGAGGAUGGCGGAGCUGAGGAAGAGGAGGAAGAGGAGGCCGCCCCAAAGCCUGUCAAGGGAAAGAAGGGUGCUGCGACGAAGAAGGCAGGCAAUAAGCUAACGCCCAUGGAAAAGCAAUAUCUGGACAUCAAGCGGAACCAUCUUGAUACUGUCAUCGUCAUGGAGGUCGGAUACAAGUUCAGAUUCUUCGGCGAAGAUGCAAGAACCGCGUCCAAGGCGCUUGGAAUCGUCUGCAUACCGGGAAAGUUCAGAUAUGAUGAGCAUGUCUCGGAAGCCCAUCUCGACAGAUUCGCCUCAGCGAGUUUUCCAACGCAUCGUCUACAGGUCCACGUAAAGCGUCUGGUACAGGCAAACCAUAAAGUUGGUGUGGUACGGCAGCUUGAGACGGCAGCACUCAAGGCAGCCGGAGACAACCGGAACGCGCCUUUCGUACGGAAGCUCACCAACCUAUACACUAAAGGCACUUACGUGGAUGAUGUGGAAGGUCUCGAGACGCCUACCGAGGGUUCUGGUACAGGCGCCCAAUCGACAGGUUAUCUGCUUUGCAUCACCGAGACGAAUGCGAACGCGAAAGGCUGGGGUACAGACGAGAAAGUACAGGUCGGCCUAGUUGCCGUUCAGCCUGCAACUGGCGACAUCAUCUAUGACGACUUUGAAGAUGGCUUCAUGCGAAGCGAGAUUGAAACUCGCCUACUUCAUAUUGCUCCAGCAGAAUUCCUGAUCGUCGGCGACUUGUCCAAGGCUACAGACAAGCUGAUACAACACCUGUCGGCCAGCAAAACGAACGUCUUCGGAGACAGAUCACGUGUGGAGCGGGUUGAAAAACCGAAGACGAUGGAAGCACAAGCAUACAGCCACAUUUCGAACUUCUACGCCGGAAAGAUGAGGUCCAGUCAAGAAGGUGGUUCGGAUAAGCAAGGCGCCAUCCUAGACAAGGUCCAUCAACUAUCUGCGCACGUCACCAUCUGCUUGUCAGCAAUGAUCACCUAUCUUAGCGAGUAUGGGCUGGAGCAUGUAUUCGAUCUGACCAAGUACUUUCAGCCAUUCAGCGCUAGGUCGUACAUGCUGCUUAACGGGAAUACACUUUCUAGUCUUGAGAUUUAUCAGAAUCAGACCGACUUCACCGCGAAGGGCAGUUUGUUCUGGACCAUGGACCGCACAAAGACCCGGUUUGGCCAACGGUUACUGAGGAAGUGGGUUGGUCGGCCACUGAUAGACAAGGUAAGAUUGGAGGAGCGCAUAUCAGCUGUUGAAGAGUUGAAGGAAGCCGAAAACACUGUUGCAGUGGAUAAGCUCAAGUUCGUGCUGGGCAGGAUUAAGACAGAUCUCGAGAAGGUUCUGCUUCGAAUAUACUACAAGAAGUGCACGCGACCGGAGUUACUGGCGGCUCUUCAGACACUCCAGGAUAUCUCGAGCCACUAUCUGUCGGUGAAGGCACCUGAACAGAGCGGCUUCUCUUCAUCGCUACUGAGCGAAGCUGUCUCAAGUGUGCCCAGGAUCUACGAGGACUUGAACGGCUUUCUCGAAAAGAUCAAUGCCAAAGCCGCCAAGGACAACGACAAGUACUCCUUCUUUAGAGAGGAACACGAAGCCGAGGACAUCAACGACCUCAAGCUCAGCAUUGCAUCUGUCGAAGAUGACCUGAAUACACAUAAGAAUGACGCAGCCACGAAGCUUGGGAAGUCAAAGGUGGACUACGUCACUGUUGCUGGUAUCGAGUAUUUGAUUGAAGUCAAGCGCAAGUCGACUGAGGAGAAGAAAGUGCCAGCAUCAUGGCAGCAGAUCUCCGCCACUAAAUCGAUGCUUCGCUUCCACACACCAGAAGUCAAGCGUAUGCUCCAAGAGCGUGACCAGUACAAGGAGUCAUUGGCCGCAGCAUGCGAUGCAGCGUUCAUGCGUCUACUAGAAGACAUUUCCGCAAAAUACCAACAGCUUCGUGAUUGCGUAUCCUCUCUUGCAACGCUGGACGCGCUCUUAUCACUCGCAAUCUUGGCGAAUCAGCCUGGCUAUGUGAAGCCUACAUUCACGGAUGACAUCGAGCUCAACAUCACUGGCUGUCGACAUCCUAUGGUUGAGCAACUAUUGCUGGACAGCUAUGUCCCCAAUGAUUUGCAUCUCUCGCACUCCUCCACCCGCGCCCUCCUUGUCACAGGGCCGAACAUGGGUGGAAAAUCAUCUUACGUGCGUUCCGCUGCUCUCAUAGCAAUCAUGGGACAAAUUGGAAGUUAUGUACCCGCUGAGGAGGCUCGGCUCGGGAUGCUAGACGCGGUGUUUACGCGUAUGGGUGCAUUCGACAAUAUGCUAAAGGGCGAAAGUACAUUCAUGGUGGAACUAAAUGAGACAUCAGACAUCCUCAAAUCCGCCACUCCACGCUCCCUCGUCAUCCUCGACGAACUAGGCCGCGGAACGUCAACAUUCGAUGGUGUCGCCAUUGCCGAGGCAGUCCUUUCGUACAUACUCUCUGAUUUGAAAUCGCUCACCCUCUUCAUCACUCACUACCAGCACCUCGCUAAACUGCAGGAUCGCUUCCCAAACAAGGAGCUCAAGAACGUCCAUAUGCGGUUCGAGGAGCGCGAUGGUGGCAAGGAGGUUGUCUUCUUAUAUGAAGCCGCAGAGGGCACGAGCCAUCGGUCCUACGGACUUAAUGUGGCGCGCUUAGCGAGAGUGCCAGAAAAGGUUAUUGAUGUUGCGGAGGUGAAGUCGAGGGAGCUGGAGGAUAGUAUGGGAGCCUGUAAGCUGGCAAAUCUGUCGAGAAUGAUGAAAAGCUUGUUGACAGAUGGCGACCAGGAGGGUCUUGAUAAGCUUGUUGAGGGGAUUCAACAGCUGUAG